AUGAAUCACUUCCAGACCAUCCUGAGUCAGGUCCGGAUGCUGCUCUCCAGCCAUCGGCCGAGCCAAGUGCAGGCGCUUCUGGACAACCUGCUGGCAGAGGAUCUUCUCUCCAGGGAGUACCACUAUGCCCUGCUCCAUGAGCCUGACGGUGAGGCUCUGGCCAGGAAGAUCUCCUUGACCCUGAUGGAGAAAGGAGACCCAGACCUGGCCCCCUUGGGAUGGAUCUGGAGCGGGCUGCAGGCCCCGGCAGCCGAGAGGGACUCCGGCUACAAGGACCCUGGGGUUGGAAAGGCAGCCUUGGACAGGAAUCAAGGUCUCUGGUUGAGCUGGCGGGAGCGGCAAGUGCUUCGAGAGCUCAGGCUGUGA